CCGGAAUCAUCUCUCGCUGACGUUCACAACACUCCCCCACCAAUGCACAGCUACAGUGUGUCCUUUGACUACUCAAGAGCUUCUCAGAGCUGAACACCAACGAGCCUGAAUACCCUUGAUUGUCACACACGUCAUGUCUCGCAUAACAAUCGACCUAACCGACGACAUGUUGGGAGCCGACCAUCAAGUACCGUCGGCCCGACCCGACUCGCAGCCAGUAAAGUUCGAAGAAUCUGCACCUCGCACCACCGAUUCCGCCCAGACCAAGUCUAUCGCUAGUCAGUCGCCACCGCCGUAUCCCCAGUGGCUCCUCUCUCGCAUUUCCAAAUUCGACAAGGAGAUCGCCGAGUUACGAAAGUCAACCAACGACGAGGGAAAGCGAGUGGAUGAUAUCAUUGCGAGAGCUUACACCACAUUUGGUCCGUCGCUUCCGCAGGCAAAGACUAAAGAGAUCGAAGAGGCGCAGAGGAAGUUCAGAGAGGUUGUGGAGAAUACGUACACGGCCAUCAAGGAUAAAUACGAGCAGAAGGCAGCGCUCGAGGCGUGUUGGGAGCACAAGGAGUACAUUCCGGAAGCUAAAGCCGUGGAAGGAGGGUCCGAAGCGAAGAACAAAACUGCCCAGUCCCGCUCAUCGGUUGAUAAUACGAUUGGUAGCACCAUCAGCCCUCCUGCUACGGGGUCCGAUUCUCGGGUUAUCCGUGCAUCGACGGACAACAGUAUCGCCAUCGGUCGCUUCACUCCAAUUGCCAGUCCAUCCGAACCGCCACUGCCACUGUUUCCGAGACGGCUGGAGCCCCAGGGUGACGAUGAGACGAUUCGGCCACUGCCGCUACCCGAAGAUGCUGUCAUGAGUGGAGCACAAGGAAUAUUCGGAGCGGACAGAGCACAUGAGUCGCAAGAAGCAUCUCGACCAUCUCGACAAUACCGACCACGCGGACCACGCGGACCACGCGGACCAUACCGGCCACGCGGAUCACACACGGCUUCGGGAGCACAUAGAGUUAGAGAGAAUGGCGAAGGCGCGGAUGGAGUCACUUCUUUGGCUAUCCCCCCGGCCGCGCCGAUGUCAGUCGGCGACCUUAGUUCGCCCUGUCCCACCAUUGAAGAAUGUAUCAACAGCCUACGGAACCAGCUGAACGACACAUUUCCAGACGAGCCGAUCUCACAUCAUACUUGGAACAGAGAUUCUCAAAUAUCCAAGGUCCUCGGCGGGGGUCCAAGACUCACUUUUCCCGUUCCGGCAAAAAACAUCUCAUUCCCUUAUAACAUUGCCCCUCUCCAGUUCUACAUUGCCAUAUCGACCGAUCUUAAUCGGUUCUUGCCGAAAAAGCCAGGCCAGCCUGGAGCUCUGACCUUCUUCCGAGAAAAGGUGCAGGCUGGCAAUGUCCACCCGCUGUUUAUCGCUGCCCGCCCAGGCGCAUGGAAGUACUUCGGAAACUACAAAGCCUGCAACCUUCCUUACAAUGAUGGCUGUCUUCCCCUGGAACGCUGGAACACGUUCGACCUUCGUUACCGGAUCGAUUGGUGUAAAGAAAUCCUGUCGAAGGAAUGGGGUCGGCAGAUGCUUUUCGACAAGGGAAUUAUCCCUUCGAAGGACAAAGGCGCCGACAUCAUUUCUGCAGAAACACUCAUGGGGUACUUUCAGCGGGCAAAGAGUGAUCCCCUGCAUCUGCGUCUCCGGAUCAUCUUGCUCCAACCCUUUAUGUACGAUCGCCGACUGUAUGAUGCGCUGUGCCGACACGCUGGCUAUCCUGUGAGCCCGGUCACCGCUCGCAUGGCAACCGCUCCUAUGCUCACCGCUCCUAUGCUCACCGCUCCUAUGCUCACCGCUCCUAUGCUCACCGCUCCCAUGGCCGACGCCCCCAUGGCCGACGCUCCCAUGGUUGCUGCUGAUGCGGUUGCCGCUCCCAUGUCCAACGCUCUGAGCGCCACCUUCCGCCGCGGCCGGCCCCGAGUUGUCACCGACUCUGACGACGAGGACGAGGAGUACCAGCCGCCGUCAGCGCGCAUGAUGCUCCCGGCCAAGAGCUCGUCUCCCGAGAGCUCGCCGCUGACUGGAAUUACGGGUAUCAAACGUGAGUAUAGCCCCGACGACGAGGAUCUGUACUCGAUGCCCAGGGCUAGGUUUCUUCGGCCUCGCAUAUCGGUGACAUAUCAGUUUGAUGCCGAGGUCGAGCAGGCGAAGAUGGACACGCGAAGAGCGGAGAAGGAAGCAUGGGAGUGAAUGCGCUCGUAGGAUGUUUGCGAUCUGGCGUUAGGAGAUUAUUCGCGCACUGGGAGGUGUUAAUGGGUUUUUAUCGUGUUACAUUUGAUUUCUAGGGACAUGAUUGUGUUUCGUCGGUUUGUGUUCAGUUUGUUUGGCUCUGCCUGGGUCUGUCUGAUGGGGGCGAUCUGUAUGGCCUAUUUAUGUUUAGUUUGUUUGGCUUUGCCCAGGUCUGUCUGAUGGGGUGGAUCUGUUUACAUUCGAUUCAUGUGGAAGUUUGAUGGUCAUGAAUCUUGAUGGAUACAAGCAGUGUAGGCGGGAAAAUAGAAGACAAGCC